GCGGAGUUGAAAGAUGGCUCCCAGGUGGCUGUCAAGGCCAUUGACCUUGCAGCUGUUGUAGGCGCCGGGGACAACCCGGAGGACGCCGGCUUUGACGAAGAGGUCAUGAUGCUGAGCAAGUUCCGGCACCCCAACUUGGUCACCUUGCUCGGGUGGGGAAGCCAUGGCAGCUCCAGGUAUUUGGUUUACGAGCUCCUCUCUGGUGGGGAUCUUUUCCGACGGCUCCAUAAGAGCAGAUCGCAGACCCCCACCCCUUUUCCAUGGCACGAGCGCUUGUCUGUUUGCCUGGACGCUGCCACCGGGCUCUCCCAUAUGCACAACUCAACACCCAAGGCCUUCCAUCGAGACAUCAAGUCCGCCAACAUCUUGCUAGAUCGGCAUGGAACGGCGAAGAUGGCUGAUUUUGG